GCCUGAGCGCCCGGCGGGGACACGGAGACGCCUGACCGUCCCGGUUCUGGAGAGGCUGCCAAGGGGGCCCGGCGGCGACCCCUUCCCCCUCUCCCCGCGGACCCCACCGCCUCCCCUCCUUUCCCUGGCCAGCAUCCUCACGCUCCUGCUUCCGAGGAGGAGGAGGAGAUGCGGCGGCCCGGGUUCCGAGCACCACCCCGGCCCCGGGGCUGAGCUCCGGAUCAUGUCCUCCCGCAAUCCCCGGCCCCCGCCCCGCCGCUGCCGCCGCCGCCUGCCUCGCCCCUCCUGCUGCUGCUGCUGCCGCCGCCGCUCGCACCUCAACGAGGACACCGGGCGCUUCGUGCUGCUGGCCGCGCUCAUUGGCCUCUACAUGGUGGCCGGAGCCACGGUCUUCUCGGCCCUCGAGAGCCCCGGAGAGGCGGAGGCGCGGGCGCGCUGGGGAGCCACGCUGCGCAACUUCAGCGCGGCGCACGGCGUGGCCGAGCCGGAGCUGCGCGCCUUCCUCCGGCACUACGAGGCCGCGCUGGCCGCCGGGGUCCGAGCCGACGCGCUGCGCCCGCGCUGGGACUUCCCGGGCGCCUUCUACUUCGUGGGCACCGUGGUGUCGACCAUAGGUUUUGGCAUGACCACGCCAGCGACGGUGGGAGGCAAGGCCUUCCUCAUUGCCUACGGGCUGUUCGGCUGCGCAGGGACCAUCCUGUUCUUCAACCUGUUCCUGGAGCGCAUCAUCUCGCUGCUGGCCUUCAUCAUGCGCGCGUGCCGGGAACGCCAGCUCCGGCGCAGCGGCCUGCUGCCGGCCACCACGUCCACCUUGCGCCGGGGCAGCUCGGCGCUGUCCGAGGCCGACAGCCUGGCGGGCUGGAAGCCUUCGGUGUACCACGUGCUGCUCAUCCUGGGUCUGUUCGCCGUGUUGCUGUCCUGCUGCGCCUCGGCCAUGUACGCGAGCGUGGAAGGCUGGGACUACGUGGACUCCCUCUACUUCUGUUUCGUCACCUUCAGCACCAUCGGCUUCGGGGACCUGGUGAGCAGCCAACGGGCCGCCUACGGGCACCAGGGUCUCUACCGCCUGGGUAACUUCCUGUUCAUCCUGCUCGGCGUGUGCUGCAUCUACUCGCUCUUCAACGUCAUCUCCAUCCUCAUCAAGCAAGUGCUCAACUGGAUGCUGCGCAAACUGAGCUGCCGCUGCUGCGCCCGCUGCUGCCCGGCGGCGCCCGGCGCGCCCCUGGCACGGCGCAAUGCCAUCACCCCGGGUUCCCGGUUACGCCGUCGCCGCCUGGCCGCGCUGGGCAUCGAACCGCCGUCGUCGGCCCGAGACAGCGACGACCCCGAGGGCCGACGCCUCUCCGGAGAGCUCAUCUCCAUGCGCGACCUCACGGCCUCCAACAAAGUGUCGCUGGCCCUGCUGCAGAAACAGCUCUCCGAGACGGCGAACGGGUACCCGCGCGGCGUGUGCGUCCACACGCGCCAGAACGGCUUCUCGGGCGGCGUGGGGGCGCUGGGCAUCAUGAACAACCGGCUGGCGGAGACCAGCGCCUCCAGGUAGACCGCUGCCCACCCCGCUCUCCUCCACUCCCCCCACGACACCGACACCUACCCGUGCCAGGCCGCCCUUGGCACCGCGGGACCCUCCGCGGGAGAGAGGAUGCGCGCGCCCCGCCGGGCCGUGCCACCUGGCUUUUCACUUCUUUC